AUGUCUUUGGUUAGAACCUCAGCAGUCUCCGGUGCCAAGUCUGCCGUCGUCGGUGCAGAACUACUCACCGGGCCACGUCCAUAUGGGAAUAUUUCCGGCGCAUUGGCUGGAGUGGAGGGACUAGACGGGAUACCAGGGGUUGUUACCGGCGCUGAAAUCUCCGGAGCAUUGGCAGGCGAUUCUAUAGAAGCAGUAGGACUCGUCACUGGGGCAGAGAUAGUUGGAGGGGAAGCAGGGUUAUUCGCCGGAGUAGAGACUGGAGUCGUGGCGGUAGUGGGGGACGAAACAGGGGAAUUCGCCGGUGCGAAAACAGGAGGUUUCAGAGGAGACGCGAUGGAUCGAGACAAAACAGGGGAGGUUGCUGGAGGAAAAACAGGGGAUUUUAAAGGAGGUGCAGUGGUUGGUGAAGAAACAGGGGACUUCACAGGCGUUGUAAUUGUCGGAGAGGGUCCAGGGGACGGAGCCGGAGCAAAAACAGGGGAUUUCAAAGGCGUCGGAAUGGUCCCAGAGGACCUAGGGGAAGUCACCGGAGAAAAAACAGGGGACUUAGAUGGAGACAGAACAGGGGAUUUCACAGGAGGGGAAGUCGCCGGAGAAAAAACAGAGGAUUUCGGUGAAGCUACAAUAUUCGGAGAGAAAACAGGAGACUUUACCGGAGAAGAGCGAGGGGAUUUCACAGGAGUCGGAGAGGAAACAGGGGAACUCGUCGGCGUAAAAACAAUAGCUUUCAUAGGAGUCUCAGUUGUCGGAGAGAAACCUGGAGACGUCGCAGUAAAGGAGGCGCUUGAGAGAAAGUCGGAGACUUCGCUGGAGAAUAACUGUGAUGUGAUUUCGCAGGGACGUGCACCGGAGGACUCGACAGAGGAGAUUGUUUCUCAGCGAGUCUCGGCGACUGAACAGGUGCAUUGUCGGCUUGUACAUUACCGGAAAUAG